CAGGAGAUGGAUUUGAUGCAGUCAUCUGCCUGGGCAACUCCUUCGCGCACCUGCCCGACUUCAAAGGGGAUCAGAGUGACCACAAGCUGGCCCUGAGGAACAUCGCCAGCAUGGUGCGGCCUGGAGGUGUCCUGGUCAUCGACCACCGCAACUACGAUCACAUUCUGGCCACGGGCUGCGCCCCGCCUGGCAAGAACAUCUACUACAAGAGUGACUUGACCAAGGACAUCACCACCUCGGUGCUGCUGGUAAACAACAAGGCGCACAUGGUGACCCUGGACUACACGGUGCAGGUCCCCCCCACCGAGGUGGGGGCAGCCCCAGAGCUGAGCAAGUUUCGGCUCUCCUACUACCCGCACCGGCUGGAGGCCUUCACAGCCCUGCUGAAAGGUGCCUUCCACGGGAAGUGCCAGCACAGCGUCCUGGGAGACUUCCAGCCCUACACGCCAGGGCAGGCCCACGUCCCCUGCUACUUCAUCCAUGUCGUGAAGAAGACAUCCUGAGGGGGCCACGGAGAUGAGACUGUGGUGGCUGAGAGCUGCGAGCAGCUCUGGGGACAAGCAGGGGGCUGGGGACAUCGCUGAGAGCCGCCUGGGAGCCCUCUCCCAUUAAUUAAGAGUGCUCAUGAGAGCUACCGG